UUACAGUUGCAUUUAGCCAAUUUAUUUGCAAAAUGCGACUUGCCAUUAUAAUAUGGAUUGCUGUGCUGAGCCUAUCGCAGGGGGCAUACGCCCCGGAUAUAUGCUCAAAACAGUCUUUCGGCUACAAAACCGUCGAUUCGAAAGACCCGAAGUCAUAUUUCCUAUGCCUAGGCCUGCUGGGCAAGGUGUGGGGCCAUUGCGAUGAUGGAUUUCUGUUCAAUGGACCACAGCAAAAGUGUAUUAUCGACAGGCAGCUAAAGGCAGCCAGAGAGGAUGCCGGCGGUCCGGAUAAUGUUUUCAACAUUAACCAGAAUAUAAGCAUGCACAAGCCAAUUAUAUUCAACAUCUUUGGUUCACUGUGGAAGCCUUCACAUCCUUCACCCCCAUCUACAACGCCAGAGCCGCCAGUCACCAUAGAGUCCAGCACAGCAUUACCGAAUACGACAGAGAGUUCUUCUUCAACAACGGAUAGUUCUACAGUGAGUUCUUUGGCUCCGAGCACCACCACUGAGAGCUCUUCCUCUUCCUCAACGGCUAGUUCCACGCAGAGUUCUUCUUCCUCCUCAACGGCUAGCUCGACCGAGAGCUUCUCUUCUUCUUCAACUGAGAGUUCCUCUUCCUCUUCAACUGUGAGCUCCACAGAAAUAUCUUCUUCUUCCUCAGUGGCAAGUUCUACGGAGAGCUCUUCCUCUUCCUCAACGGCAAGCUCCACAGAGAGUUCUUCUUCAUCUUCAACUGAGAGCUCUACUGAGAGUUCUUCGUCUUCCUCCACGGAGCACUCUGACACGACUACAGCCUGCACGACGGAUGAGAGCUAAGUCGACUGCUGGCUUAUUUAAUCAGAGCUAAGAAUAAGAUCAGCUCUCGGCUUCAGCAAUCAAGCCAAAUUUUAAAUUAGCUUUAAGCGGAUGCUAUGACAAUUCAGUUUUAAUGGCGAUUAAAUAUUAAGGAUGCAUAUGGUUCAGAGUUCAUCCCA